UAGCAGUCUCCAAGACUCCACUCUCCGGUUAGUAUAAAUAUGUGAAAGCCUUACAAGCACAAAUCAUCACUCGCCUUUCUCUCUCUUCUGCAAAACGAAAAAGUGUGUGUUCGCCGGCGCUCAAUUCGAGGAGAUUUAGAGUGAGAGAAAACGGUGUGUUCACCGGCGGUUAUUCCGAUCUGCUCAGUUUAACAUCGACUCGGAGAAGAAAGAGUACGUGUGUGUGUGUGUUCGCCGGCGGUUAUUUCGAUUUGUUCAGUUUAAUACUGUUUGAUAAUAGUCGAAGAGAAGAAAUCGGAAAUCAGAAAAUGGCAGCUCAACCGAAGAAUGUCGGAAUUCUCGCCGUCGAGAUUUACUUUCCUCCUACUUGCCUACAGCAGGAAGCAUUGGAGGCUCAUGAUGGAGCAAGCAAAGGGAAAUACACAAUUGGUCUUGGACAAGAUUGUAUGGGCUUUUGCACCGAGGUGGAAGAUGUUAUAUCAAUGAGUUUGACAGCAGUUACUUCCCUUUUGGAGAAGUAUGCUAUUGAUCCAAAGCAAAUUGGUCGUCUAGAGGUUGGAAGUGAAACCGUAAUUGAUAAGAGCAAAUCCAUCAAGACAUUCCUGAUGCAAAUAUUUGAGACAUGUGGAAAUACUGACAUUGAAGGAGUCGACUCAACUAAUGCAUGCUAUGGGGGAACUGCCGCAUUGUUCAACUGUGUGAAUUGGGUCGAGAGCUCUUCAUGGGAUGGUCGCUAUGGACUCGUUGUAUGCACUGAUAGUGCGGUCUAUGCUGAGGGAGCUGCUCGGCCUACUGGAGGUGCUGCAGCAAUUGCUAUGCUAGUCGGGCCAGAUGCUCCUAUUGUGUUCGAAAGCAAGAUUAGGGCUAGCCAUAUGGCCCAUGUCUAUGAUUUUUACAAGCCCAUCCUCGACAGUGAAUAUCCAGUGGUUGAUGGCAAGCUUUCACAAACUUGUUAUCUUAUGGCACUUGAUUCUUGCUACAAGAGCUUAUGCAACAAAUACGAAAAAUUGGAGGGCAAGCAGUUUUCGAUUGAUGAUGCAGCCUAUUUUGUUUUCCAUUCACCAUACAACAAGCUUGUACAGAAGAGCACUGCUCGGUUGAUGUUCAAUGACUUUACAAGGAACGCUAGUUCCAUUGAUGAGUCUACUAAAGAAAAGCUGGCACCAUUUUCAUCCCUAACUGGUGAUGAGAGUUAUCAAAGCCGUGAUCUUGAGAAGACAUCCUGGCAAGUGGCAAAACCAUUUUAUGACGAGAAGGUAAAACCGACCACAUUAGUACCAAAACAAGUUGGCAACAUGUACACCGCGUCUCUCUAUGCUGCUUUUGCAUCCCUCCUUCACAACAAGCACAGCUCAUUGGCUGGACAGCGGGUAGUCUUGUUCUCUUACGGGAGUGGGUUGACUGCAACAAUGUUCUCAUUAAAGCUUCACGAAGGUCAACAUCCUUUUAACUUGUCCAACAUUGCAGCUGUGAUGAACGUUGAAGAGAAAUUGAAGUCGAGGCAUGAGUUCACUCCUGAAAAUUUCAUCGAAACAAUGAAAAUAAUGGAGCACAGGUAUGGGGGUAAAGACUUUGUGACGAGCAAGGAUUGCAGCCUUCUAGCUCCAGGCACUUACUACCUCACAGAAGUUGAUUCGAAGUACAGAAGAUUCUAUGCCAAGAAAUGUACUGAGAAUGGACUUGCCAAUGGUCAUUGAAGAAA